AUGAAACCUGCCAUGCUUGCCCUCAGAGCCACUCCACAAGGAGAAGAGUAUUUUGAGCUCAACAGAGAGUUUCCAGGCUCGUUGCCAGCGACGAAAAACCAUCAAGGUGGCCUUUCCAAUGCCGAAGAUGAGUCGGACGCGGAAAUAUUUGCUUUGCCAGAAUCUGCCAAAUGCCCGGUGAAAACCAUAAAAAAUUACUUGUCUCACUUGAAUCCUAAGUUAGAUUGCCUUUUUCCACGGGAAAAAGCAAGAAGCUUUAAUCCUGACAAAGAUAAAGUGUGGUACUGCAAUUCGCCUCUUGGAGUCAACAUUCUGGAUUCGAUGUUGAAGUUAAUGAGCUCUCGAGCAGGGAUCCAGCCUCACCUCACGAAUCAUUGCCUCAGGGCAACUUCGGUGACCGUCCUUUCUGACAACAACUGUGAGACGAGGCACAUUAAAUCAGUCACCGGCCACAAGUCCGACCAUUCAAUCAAAAGUUAUAACGAUCGACCUUCCCUCGACCAGCAAAAGAUGUCGGAAGUGCUCAGCUCCUUCCUUCAUGGCCAUGAAGCCACUUCAGUUGACAAAGAAAACACAGUGGGACGGCAUCUGGACUUACAGGCUACAAGCUCAUCCACCACGGCAAUUCAAGCAUCCCCAGUGUCAGUUCUCGUCCAGCAUAAUCAAGUGGUGGUUUCCAACAACAUGCAUGAAAACUACGCACAUGGUGAGCAAGGGCUGCAUCGCUUUCCUCCCCAGUUUAACUUUUACAACUGCACCAAUGUGCAAGUUCACAAUAAUUUUAGUGGAAGCGGUUAA